CCAGAUUUCCAACUCUAUCCACUGUCCUGUCAAAGAAAGGCAUACAAUUUCCAAAAAUACAUCUUAAAAAAAGACAACAAGGAACAUUUAAUACACAAUUUCUGCUUAUGAAGACAUUUGUGGUGUCUGUUUAGAGUUGUCUAAGUGAGUGGGGUAAGCGCCAACUCCAAGUGAAUGUUAACUUGUUGAACUCAGUAUUUCUAAAGACUUGGAAGGUAGUGAUCCUCAAGCUGUAAAGAAAAAAAAAAACGAAUUGUAGCGUUGAUAUGGAAACAUAGCCAAAAGACAAAUCCGCAUUUCCAUCAAUCCAGAUAAAACUCGGAAACAAAUCCCCAAACAUUCAAAGCUAAUAUUUGACAAUCUGAGAACUUGUUUUCAUAUACAGUCCUAGAUCCCUAGGUGCCUCGUCAUCACUUCAGCAUCCACUUGAAGGUUAGAUUAGAGAUGCUGAAGUACCUGUAGGUCCAACUGAAGAUACUCUCACAUUGCAGAGAGAGCUGGCAUGAGGCAUGCAGGCAGCCUGUUGAGCUGAGCUGCUCAUUCAAGUGCAAACACUCAAAUGUAACAAAUUGAAUUCCAUUUUAAGGGUUCAUAUGUGAAUCACAAUCACAGAAUUAAAAGGCGCCUGCAUUCUUUUAAAUAUACGUUCACAUUUAGCACCUAUACAGCCUUCUGUAGCUUGUAAAAUAACAGUAACAGAAGAAGAAAAAAAACAGAAACAAUACUGUAACAGUUUGGCAUUGGAGCAGCUUUGUUGAUGGAGGAGGUCUGCUACUGAAAAUGUAAUAAUGGGCUAAUCCCCUCGCAUGCGUAAUGAGAGCCGGUGCCAAGAGCAGGGCUCAAAACCAACCCGCCAUCUGUCUGAGAGACACACUUUGUUCUGACGAGAACACGGCCACACACAUCACUUUUUACGCACAGUACGCACAACCGUGGAUUUACACCAGAGUCAGAGCAGCUCUGCGCGACAUGAUGAUGCUUUAGUGUGAAACACAGAGCAGGGAGAAAUCGAGAUUUUUGUUUUAGAUUAAAAGACAGUUUCUCGGGCUUGCGAAGUUGGUUGAUGUCUCGUUUUAGCCGCGCGUAAAACCUCUCUCGGUUCGCUGAAAGUCUGGUUUCUCUUGGAUUUUUUUUUCUUUCUUUUAGCUCAAACCACAAGAUGAAUAACUUCACAUCAUCUCCACAUCUGAACCAAACUUUAGGCAUGUGGACGGACUACAGCGUUCAGUACAAAGUGAUCAGUAGUUUGCUACUUUUCGUGAUUUGCGCUUUAGGAAUCGUUGGGAACGUCAUGGUGGUCCUGGUGGUGCUCACCACCAAACACAUGAGGACUCCAACGAACUGCUACCUGGUGAGUUUAGCUGUGGCGGACCUGAUGGUGCUCACAGCGGCUGGUCUACCCACCAUCACGGACAGCAUCUUUGGCUCCUGGGUGUUUGGACACUAUGGGUGCCUCUGCAUCACCUACUUCCAGUAUCUCGGGAUCAACGCGUCCUCGUGCUCCAUAACCGCCUUCACCAUAGAGAGAUACAUCGCCAUCUGUCACCCUAUUAAAGCGCAGUUUCUGUGCACUCUGUCCAGAGCCAAAAAGAUCAUUCUGUUCGUCUGGGCUUUCACUUCUCUGUACUGCGUGAUGUGGUUCUACCUGUCUGACAUCCAGGAGCUCGUGUACGACAACAUCACCAUCAUCACGUGCGGCUACAGAGUCUCCAGGAAGUAUUAUUUGCCCAUUUACUUCUUCGAUUUCGGCGUCUUCUUCGUGGUGCCGCUGCUGCUCUCCGCGGUGCUGUACGGACUCAUCGCCAGGAUCCUCUUCCUCAACCCGCUGCCCUCAGACCCCAAAGACAAGAAGAAGAACGGACACAACAACCACACCGCCACCAAGAAGAGCAGCUGCAAAAACUCCAGACACUCCAGCUCCACCGCCACCUCCCGCAGACAGGUGACAAAGAUGCUGGCGGUGGUGGUGAUCCUGUUCGCCAUGCUCUGGAUGCCGUACCGCACUCUGGUGGUUGUCAACUCCUUCCUGGACCAGGCCUACCUGAACAGCUGGUUCCUUCUCUUCUGCCGGAUGUGCAUCUACCUCAACAGCGCCAUCAACCCGGUCAUCUACAACGCCAUGUCGCAGAAGUUUCGCGCCGCCUUCCGCAAGAUCUGCCGCUGUGGGCGGAAAGGUGCGGAUAAACCCACCGCGUACAGCGUGGCGCUCACGUACAGCGCGGUCAAAGACACGUCGAUGGUGGAGAGCACCGACCACUUCACGACGGAGCUGGAGGAGCUCACGGUUACGGACGAUCUGCUGUCUGAGCAGAAAAUGAUGUUCCAGGAUCAAAGUGUGUACGCAAAGGUGGAUUUCAGCGAAACCUGAGGUUUGUUUGAGGCUGAAGCGAUGAGUCUGAGAGUCGAUAGAUUUAAGAGCCUGAAGUUGCUUAAUGGAGUUUGUAAAGAGAGAAUAUUGUGUCCUGAGUGCCUGCUGACCUUUUUCUAGCCAGGUGUCUUAAGCUAAAGAUGUAACAAAUCACAACAGCUGGUGUGUCGUAUUGGCACUUAGCUCUUUGAGGAAAUGGAUCCUGGAGAUCGUAAAGUGAAAAUAUAUUGACAGAAAAGCUCUCUUAGCUGUGUCUUAUCUCGAACCUUUCCGUGUAAUAUAAUGUGAAUGAGUCACUGAAACAUGAAUGUGAAGAAAACCAUUCCUACUUCAGAUAAGUCGGCUUGUGCAGCCAACCAGUACAGAACUCGUUUUUGGAUCUUUAAACAUGCAGUGCAAAACAUCUGCCUCCCCCUAGUGUCAGAGAGAGUAAUUACAUGAACCUGGUAGACUUCAGCAUAUGAAGACUACCAUGCCUUAGACUGAAUAUAAGAAGUGGACACAGGCGUUCUGUUUCAAAACUGAAGCGAAUGUGGAAGUGUCUUAAAUAUGCCUUCUUUAUAAUGGCCAGCAGGGGGCGAUUCAACGUUUUAAAAGAAAUCAGUUUGUGUAGAAAAUCACCCUACACCUCACUUAAUUUAUUACCUCAAUAAAAUCUUCAUAAUGAGUUUAUAGACUCAGUUUAAAUCUUCCUUAACACAGCAUAAUGUUUGUGUUGUAAACUUUAUUCCCAUUUAAUGGAAAGUAGAAGAAAGAGGGUUCGCUUUAGGGUGUGUGAGUACCAAGUAGCUGGUUGACAUGGCAACCGGUCAACCAGGGUAGAUUAAAGAGAUGUGUAUCCCCCAUGGACUGUUUAAAGCAUGGAC